GCCCUAUCCGCCUAGGCUAUCUUUAUAAACAGCUGCAGCGGAAGAGGUCAGGACCAAAGCUGGAACCUCCGAAAUCCCAACCAAACCGCCGAGGCGAGCCGCGGGACGGCGGAUGGCGCCGUCGUUGGUCGUCUCGGCGAGACAUACCCACGCCGUGACCCACCGGAGAAGCCGCAGGCGGCGUAUGGUGGUCGCCAGUUCCGGCGGCGCCCCGCCACCGAAGCUGGUGACUUUCCUCGGCAAGGGCGGCUCUGGCAAGACCACCGCGGCCGCGGCCGCUGCUCAGUAUUAUGCAAGCGAAGGCUUCAAGACAUGCCUGGUUACACAGUCCCAGGAUCCUACCGCAGAGCAAUUGAUGGGCUGUAAGAUUGGGAACUAACUGACUGAGUGCGCGGUCAAUCUCUCAACCAUAAAGCUAGAAACUAGUAAGAUGCUGCUUGAACCCCUUGACCGGUUGAAGAAGGUAGAUGCCCAGGUCAAUUUUACUCAAGGAGUCCUUGAAGGGAUUGUAGGAGAGGAGCUUGGAGUUUUACCUGGAAUGGAUUCGAUCUGUUCAGUCUUAGCUCUUCAGAAGCUCCUUAACUUCUUUUCAGCUGGAAGGAGUGGCUCACAACCAGAAUUUGAUGUGGUAGUAUAUGAUUGCAACAAUACAGAGGAAAUUCUACAGCUUAUAGGUGCUACUGACAGAGCAAGGCCAACCUUGACUUUAGUCACUAUUCUAAAUUUCCUUAAGAAAGUCCAGUUUCUAAACUUAUUGUUUGCGCUACACAAAGACAGGUCUUACUUGAGGUAUGUGAGGGACCUAGCUGAGAAGACUGACAUGGGAAGACUGGCUUCUCCUUCAUUACUAAAACUAAUAUAUGAUGCUGCAAGGCCAAAUGGUAAGACUAGUGAGGGGAGACUGAGUACAGAAAUAUGGAAUGAAAUCGAACAACUUCUUGAGAGAGUCUCAGUUUGGUUUGCCAAUCCUUCAAACCUUGCGUGCUUCCUUAUCAUAGAUCCUAGGAGAUCAAUAUCUGUAUCCUCUGCAUUAAGAUAUUGGGGUUGUACCACUCAAGCUGGUGGUCAAAUAUGUGGGGCAUUUGGUUAUACUGAAGACCCUUCUGAAAUGCACCAAGAAGUUGCACAAAAGUUCAUGCCAUUGCCUUUCUCGCUUCUGCCAUUUCUCUCAAAUGAUUCUUCUGCAGAUUGGAGCAGAGCACUAAGCUUAUUGAGCCAAAACACAAAGGAACAAUUGAGGAAUACGUCCAUCCAUGUAUAUCCUUCAGUUAGUUUUGAUUCUGUUCAGAAAUCGGUAACCCUUUUCAUGCCAGGCUUUGAUAAGUCUGAAAUCAAGCUAUAUCAAUAUAGAGGCGGAUCGGAGCUGUUGAUCGAAGCUGGAGACCAGAGGCGCGUCAUAAAAUUGCCACUGGUGAUGCAGGGGAAGGUCGGAGGCGCCAAGUUUGUUGACGGGAACCUCAUUGUCAGCAUCCGGUAGAAGACUCACCGGCACCGGCUGGGAUUUGUGUCCCCCACUUAGAUCGGCAGUUACCGUGAGAAGUAGAUCGGAUUUGCGUGUUGGUUCUAGUCUGAAUUUCGUGGUUUGUAAGCAAAGUUUUUUUUAAGACCUCAUUACGCAAACUGAAACUGCACUGUUAUACUCUUUCUGAUAAUGAGGCACGCGAUACUCGAAUAAUCUGGCAAUUUUCGCA